AACCGGCAGCAAACAACAGCGCAAUGCAAAAACGCAAUGAACAUGUCACCAGGUUGUUUAUUAUUAUAAACACUGUGCGGCAUAAUGAAUGUGGGUAUAGAGUUCGUAUCGUGUGUAGUGACCCGUGUCUAUAUAUAUUGUAUGUUAUGUACGUGUACAGUGUCCUGUCGCAGUCUUGUCGCAGUGUCCAGUCUUAGGUGUGACGUGUGUCCAUGUAGGGGUGAUGAUUGGGUAUGGUUGUAUAUUUGUCCAUAUUGGGAAUGAGUUUUGAUUGGUUGUUGAUGUAAGUGUGCGUGCAUGCAUGUUACCUGUCCUUUCCCUGUCACUUUGAAGCCUGGGACUGACCUGUACGGACGUUGAUACACUGUAGAUACAAAUACAGUCAACUCAUCUCUAUGCUCGCGCAAGAUGAGAUUAUCCAGCUGUGCUGGGCCUUUGAAACCGUCGACCCAGAUCACAGGUCACAUGCAGCUGUUGCUAUAGAGCUAGCGUGGUGUAUAGGGGAAGUGAUUUUAAGUGGCGCCGCCUACUUCCUGCGGGACUGGCGACAACUCCAGAUAGCGGUAUCCAGUCCAGGAGUCAUUCUUCUUCUUUACUGGUUCUUCAUGCCAGAAUCAGCAAGAUGGCUGCUCUCAAAAGGAAGGGGUGAAGAGGCAAUGAGAAUAGUACGCCGUGCUGCUCGGGUGAACGGGAAACUGACUGAAAUCGACAUGACGAAAAUGAAACUUGAACAUCAUAAAAGCAGGAAUGAGAUCAUGCCCGUGUUUAAAUCAUACAGACUAUUGUUCCGGUUCAUUGUGGUUUUAAUCCUCUGGUUCGUCCUGUCUUUGUCAUAUUACGGUCUGACCUUCAAUGUCGGCCGGAUAGGUUACAAUGUCUACCUGGAGUUUCUCGUCUACGCCGUGUUAGAAAUGGUCGCGUACAUCUCCUGUCUGUUCAUCAACACAAGGUUCGGACGAAAGCCGCUCAACAUUGGUGGCUUCCUAUUGGCUGGUGUAGCGUGUGUUUCCUCUACCCUGAUAUUACAGUAUGUAGACGGAGACAAAGGUUGGCUGAUCAUUGCUCUGUCAGCGAUUGGCAGGAUGGGCGUGUCUGCGGUGUUCGCUAAUAUCUUCGUAUAUACCAGUGAAUUAUUUCCCACCACAAUUCGAAGCUUUAUACUCGCCGUAUCCAAUUUUACAACUCGAAUAGGAGCUGUUAUUGCUCCGUACAUAUCCGCCUUGGGGACUAACAGCGUGGUUAGUAGCACGUCUCUGACGUUCGGUGUGUUGUCUUUGGUCGCGGCUGUUUUGUCCUGUGUCCUCCCGGAGACCUGUAACACCAAACUUCCAGACAGCAUGGGUGACAUGGCGGAUCAGCUUUCAGAUGUCCGAAAUAGACAAACUCGCCGGAAUGACAUCGUUCCAGUCAAAAAAGAUACAACUCUGUAGAAUAAAUUUGUCAAUGAUUUAAAAACCAACGAAAAUGUAGGCAAAACGAGGCUGCAAUUAGUGUACUUAAUAAAAGUUGCACGUAAAAAAAUAACAUUUUGAGUUAUAUAAAUGAUAUAUCAUAUUGAUAAAAAAUAAUUCAUUCUUAAACUUAUAUCCAGCUAAGGAUAUCUUUAUAGUGAGAAUUAAUCUGGAGGUUAACAAAACCCUGUGAAAUACAGUAAAAUAGGACAUUUUAGUGAGAUUCAAGUUUCGUACUUUGCAUAAAUUGGAUACAUGUACGAUCUCGUUCUUGGUUUGUGUUUCGGAGAUAUGUCUAUGGCAAUGUAAUAAACAUGCUCAGUCGA